CCCGGAAGUGGGAUUGCUAACGACCUGCCAGACCCGUGGCCGUUCUAGCGCUAGCGGUGUUCUACGGAUCGGAUAUUUGUAAGACAGUAGCUCCUUGGUGUCGGGGCUGUAGCAUUGGAGAUAAAGUCGGAGCAGCUGACAGGAGGAAUCAUCUUCCUCUUCUCCAGGAUGUACAGAACCAAAGUGGGCCUGAAGGACCGCCAGCAGCUCUACAAGCUGAUCAUUAGCCAGCUGCUCUAUGACGGCUACAUCAGCAUUGCUAAUGGCCUCAUCAAUGAAAUCAAGCCUCAGUCUGUGUGCGCACCCUCAGAGCAACUCCUGCAUCUCAUCAAAUUAGGAAUGGAAAAUGAUGACACUGCAGUUCAGUAUGCAAUUGGUCGUUCAGAUACAGUUGCCCCUGGCACAGGGAUUGACCUGGAAUUUGAUGCAGAUGUCCAAACGAUGUCUCCAGAAGCUUCAGAGUACGAAACGUGCUAUGUCACAUCCCAUAAAGGACCAUGCCGUGUAGCUACCUAUAGUAGAGAUGGACAGUUAAUAGCUACAGGAUCUGCUGAUGCUUCCAUAAAGAUACUUGACACAGAAAGAAUGUUGGCCAAAAGUGCUAUGCCGAUAGAGGUCAUGAUGAAUGAGACUGCACAACAGAAUAUGGAAAACCACCCAGUGAUUCGAACUCUUUAUGACCAUGUGGAUGAAGUCACAUGUCUCGCUUUCCACCCAACAGAACAGAUCUUGGCCUCCGGUUCGAGGGAUUAUACUCUUAAAUUAUUUGAUUAUUCCAAGCCAUCUGCAAAAAGAGCCUUCAAAUACAUUCAGGAAGCUGAAAUGUUACGCUCCAUCUCUUUUCAUCCUUCUGGAGACUUUAUACUUGUUGGGACUCAGCAUCCUACUCUUCGGCUUUAUGAUAUCAACACAUUUCAAUGUUUUGUCUCUUGCAAUCCUCAAGAUCAACACACCGAUGCUAUAUGUUCUGUUAAUUACAAUCCUAGUGCCAAUAUGUAUGUAACUGGCAGCAAGGACGGCUGCAUCAAAUUAUGGGAUGGUGUUUCAAAUCGUUGCAUCACAACUUUUGAGAAAGCACAUGACGGUGCUGAAGUUUGUUCUGCCAUUUUUUCAAAAAAUUCUAAAUACAUUCUCUCAAGUGGAAAAGACUCUGUAGCUAAACUUUGGGAAAUAUCAACAGGACGAACCCUGGUCAGAUACACAGGUGCUGGUUUGAGUGGACGCCAAGUGCACCGGACGCAAGCAGUCUUUAACCACACCGAGGACUAUGUGUUGCUGCCUGACGAAAGGACGAUCAGUCUCUGCUGCUGGGACUCAAGGACGGCGGAGCGGAGAAACCUGCUCUCCUUGGGGCACAACAACAUCGUCCGCUGUAUAGUGCACUCGCCCACCAACCCUGGUUUCAUGACGUGCAGCGAUGACUUCAGAGCACGGUUUUGGUACCGGCGAUCAACCACCGACUAGAGCCGCUGUCGGUUGUUGAGUUAGGGUUCUCUCUUCAGGGACUCUGCCCUUCCUCCCCCAGUGUCCUGUCACCAGCCUCCGUAGUAAGUCAUUGUAACAUCUUCGGCAGUUGUCCCGCCACUUCUCAGCCUUCUUGGAUUUGUACAAAAGAAUCUUUUUUUACCUUGAUGUAGAAUCAUGGUGGAAAAAGUUGGAAAUGCAGAUCUGUGCAGUUGUUCCACAUUCACUGAUUAUUACAGUGUGAUUUUCAUCAGCUUUGUAAAUACAGGACUUGCCAUUUCUCUUGGCUCUCUUGAUCGUUUGAAGAAGGAUAGAGUAUUAAAGUACUUUCUAGAUCUCAUAAGGAAUUUCAUUUGGUUAUUUUGUCACCUUUCUUGCCUGUUCUACACCCUGUUUGUAUAUUUAUUUCCUUUCAGAUAGUAGUCCUGCAGUUCUGAGAAUCAAGAGUUUUGUGCCAGGUGGAAAACAUUUUAGAGAAUACAUCUAUCCUAUUCUAAAAUGACAUCAUUCUGAUGAUAAAUUUCAGAUCUGCAACUUUAGUGUUACAUAUUUUUCACUUUAAUAAAAUUAAUGACUAUUUUUUCUUGAAGAUUUAUAGGAGAUGUAUCUUUCAUCAUACUUCCAUCAUUACCUGAAAUGCUUGUCUUCAUUAAAUGUAUAUCUGGUAAGAUUAUGAUUUGAUGGGAAACAAUUGAAAAUUCAGUACAUCUAGAUAUAAUCAAAAUUAGGUGAUCGCUCUAUUGCUUUCAGGUGUUUAUCUUCACAAAUGAUUAAUAUCGAUUGACUUUGUUCAUAUGUAAUUUUAAAUCCUGUUUUUCACUUCCCUUCAGCAUGAACUAUAACUACUCUUUGAUGCAGAGAUGCACAUGGUAACUACUCUCAGAAGAUUUAUGCAAUUAACCAACUGAUUCAAGGUUUCUUUCUCUUAAAACUUUUUUGAAGUUGACAUUAUUUCGAAUUCAGCUCCAGCUUAGGUGAGACAACCCUGAACUCUCCUCUUGUAAACAUAAGCUUUGGUUUAUGUUUAUCCUAAAAAAAAAAAAAAAAAAAAAAACACCU